AUGAUGCAAAGUGCGGCGGUCCUACCGACAGAGAGUCCUGUAAAGAGUUUACCGGAGAUUCUCGGAGUGCCACUGCAACAGAUCCCUCAGUGUGCCGGCUGUAGUCAGCACAUCCUGGACAAGUUCAUCCUGAAGGUGCUGGACAGACACUGGCACUCCAAGUGCCUCAAGUGCGCCGACUGUCAGACUCCGCUGGCGGACAAAUGUUUCUCCCGGGCAGGAAGCGUCUACUGCAAGGAGGAUUUCUUCAAACGUUUUGGAACAAAGUGUGCAUCAUGCCAACAGGGGAUCCCUCCGACGCAGGUUGUGCGGAAAGCGCAGGACUUUGUGUAUCACCUGCACUGCUUCGCCUGUAUCAUGUGCAGCCGACAACUGGCCACCGGGGACGAGUUUUACCUCAUGGAGGAUGGGAGGCUGGUGUGCAAGGUGGAUUAUGAGACUGCAAAACAAAAUGAUGAUUCAGAGGCGGGGACCAAGCGACCGAGGACCACCAUCACGGCCAAGCAGCUAGAGACCCUCAAAAGUGCCUACAAAAACUCGCCGAAGCCGGCACGCCAUGUCAGAGAGCAGCUGUCCUCGGAGACAGGGCUGGACAUGAGAGUAGUGCAGGUGUGGUUCCAGAACAGGCGAGCGAAGGAAAAGCGUCUGAAGAAAGAUGCAGGUCGACAUCGCUGGACUCAAUUUUAUAAAAGUGUCAAACGCAGCAGAGGAGGAACUAAAGUGGAGAAGGAAAGCUCGGCCGAUGACGCAGGACUUAGUGACAGUGAACUGAGCUUCAGAGACGACCAGGUCCUGUCAGACCUCGGCCACACCAACGGGCUUUACGGGAGCGUCGGUGACGUGACCAACAGCGGGGUGCUGAACGGAGGCUUCUCUGUCGACGUGUCGGGACAACCCUAUCACGACAUUCGAGCAGGGAGCCCCUACGGUCUCCCUCAGUCACCCUCCUCUAUCACCUCUCUGCCCGGCCACACGCCUCUCCUUAACAACCUGGGCUUCAGCAUGGACAGUCUGGUGGCGCAGGGCGGGCCGGGCGGUGUGGGACAGGCUCUGAGGGCCAUGGCAGGGGGCCCGACCUCAGACCUCUCCACGGGCAGCAGUACAGGAUACCCCGACUUCCCCACCAGCCCCGCCUCAUGGCUGGAUGAGAUGGACCAUUCCCAGUUUUGAAUCUAGCAGAAGAUCGCUGUGGGGAUACGACAAAACACACAGACUCACAAGGCUUUUUACAUUUCUUUCUAUCACCCUCCAAGACUGGUAUAUUUUGUGAUUUGUGGGUGAAGAGAAGAAGAAAGAGAAGAAGUGUGUCUCUCAGUCCCUCAGCAGUUGUAACGGGCCGAACAAAAGCAGCGAAGAACACCUCUACACAGCUGAAUGUUCAAUCUCAACACUGUAUCAUACAAUUUUUUGAUAUCACCUGACAUUAUUUUGUUCUUUCACUCUGAGAAUGAGACUGGAUAUCGGUGGAUUAAUGCUCACAGGGGAGGUAAUAUCGCCCCCCCCAAAAAAUAUACCAUCCCUGUCUAACAGCUACAACAAUAGGGCUACAAUCUAGAUCAAAGUCCCUAUGAGACCCAGGAGGCACCUGCAUGCUUCUGAUACAUAAAGAGUAGGACUGCUGUCUGGCCAUAUCGAAGCCUUUUACAUUGGCAAUGCACUUUACUCUCCUCUUCUUUUUCUACACAUAUGGACAG